AUGGUGGCCGAAUACGAGGCCAAUAGUUUGGAGAUGGCGAAGAUGGCUUUGGAUAGGGCCUAUUGUUGCAACUAUGGAGAAGGUGUGGCUGCUUGCUCCUUGCUCGUUACGCGCAGAGCGCAGACAGAGCUCUUCCUGGGGGCAUCCGUGGCUUUGGAGAUGGGACCCUUGCAGCCAGGCGCGUUGUCUCCGCUUUGUGUGGCACUGGUCGCCUUAUCCAGCCAUGGUGGAUCUGCCGAGGACAUAAAGCAGGUGGACUGGGUCGCAGGACCACGUGCCGAGGUGGCAGCCUUGCAAAGACUGGAUGAGAAACUUCUCGCAGAACUGGCACCAGCAAGCACCUUUCACUUCUCCAAGGCAUAG